AGGCAUCGUAACAGAAUCAUAAUCAUGAACACCGAACAUAAGCAGAAUAAAUGGCAGAAAAUGGCCUAAAAAAACAGACAGAACAGAAUUAGACAGUCAUGCAGGUCAUCAGAAUCAUACAAUCAUGUCACCGUAAUGGACGCGAUCGGUCAGAGUCAUAUAAUAACCCGCCCUUGAAACCCGAAAUCAAACAACGUAAACAUAAAAAGAACAAACCCUCUUCACAGCGCCUUUUUCCUUUUGGUAAAAAUAAGGAAAAGGAAUUGUAUCGCAGACGCUUUUGCUUCUUUUGUUCGAAAGACGAAGCCCGACCCAAAAUCACAAAACUUUUUUCUUUGCAGAAUUUUGUUUUUUGAUUCCCCUCCUAUAACCCUUUUUAACAAGUAGAAAGA